UGGAGGUCUUUCCUGAAUAAAUGGCUUCUCAGUUUUGAGGUGAAGAUUGGUUUUGAAGUGGAAGGCAGUGCGGGAGGCUUCUCAAAGCAGAAAAACCUGGUGGCUCCUCUCAGGUUGUGAAUCAGGUCAUUCAAAUGUCCCCGCGUGGAGAGUCUGCCGUGAAGAGCAGGAACCUGGUUGGCUGUCCAGGUCAUGGGCAUGAGCUGCCAGCCAGGGCCCUGCUCAGCUGCUGUGUUCAUGCAAGGGUGCUACUUUUGGGCGGCUGUGCUAAAGCCGCCGAUUCAUUUCACACUUGAGAUGUUUCUCUCUGGGUCUUGCUCUGUCUUCCCCUUCUGCCUCAAGCCUAAGGACCUAUUCUCUUCCUGCUGGUUUGCUGUGAGAUUUUUCACUAGAAAACAAUCCGUUGACGUAGCUACAAAAACUCUCAGUGAAUUUUGCCGUCGGAUUAUUAAUUUGUUUGCAGGCUGUACUGUUUUCUAUGGCUCCAGGCCAGGUGUGUGAAUAUGUUCAUAUGAGGACGCAUGCACAUGCAUGGACACAACACAAAACACAUAUGAGCACACGCACGUGUGCUCAUGCGCACCAGCUCACACACAUGCACACGCACGCACAAGCAUGUACACGAGCUCACGCGCACCUGCCCACACACAUGCACACGCACGCACAAGCAUGUACACGAGCUCACGCGCACCUGCCCACACACAUGCACACGCACGCACAAGCAUGUACACGAGCUCACGCGCACCUGCCCACACACAUGCACACGCACGCACAAGCAUGUACACGAGCUCACGCGCACCUGCCCACACACAUGCACACGCACGCACAAGCAUGUACACGAGCUCACGCGCACCUGCCCACACACAUGCACACGCACGCACAAGCAUGUACACGAGCUCACGCGCACCUGCCCACACACAUGCACACGCACGCACAAGCAUGUACACGAGCUCACGCGCACCUGCCCACACACAUGCACACGCACGCACAAGCAUGUACACGAGCUCACGCGCACCUGCCCACACACAUGCACACGCACGCACAAGCAUGUACACGAGCUCACGCGCACCUGCCCACACACAUGCACACGCACGCACAAGCAUGUACACGAGCUCACGCGCACCUGCCCACACACAUGCACACGCACGCACAAGCAUGUACACGAGCUCACGCGCACCUGCCCACACACAUGCACACGCACGCACAAGCAUGUACACGAGCUCACGCGCACCUGCCCACACACAUGCACACGCACGCACAAGCAUGUACACGAGCUCACGCGCACCUGCCCACACACAUGCACACGCACGCACAAGCAUGUACACGAGCUCACGCGCACCUGCCCACACACAUGCACACGCACGCACAAGCAUGUACACGAGCUCACGCGCACCUGCCCACACACAUGCACACGCACGCACAAGCAUGUACACGAGCUCACGCGCACCUGCCCACACACAUGCACACGCACGCACAAGCAUGUACACGAGCUCACGUGCACCUGCCCACACACAUGCACACGCACGCACAAGCAUGUACACGAGCUCACGCUCACCUGCCCACACACAUGCACACGCACGCACAAGCAUGUACACGAGCUCACGCGCACCUGCCCACACACAUGCACACGCACGCACAAGCAUGUACACGAGCUCACGCGCACCUGCCCACACACGUGCACACGCACGCACAAGCAUGUACACGAGCUCUUGCGUCACACGUGUACAUGAACAUGUGCAUGUGGGUGGGUGCACACACACACACACAGGUCAUGUUCCUUGGUCCUAGACUGCUUUGUCCUGCUAUGUCUUGGUCCUUGUACCUCAUAGGAGGAUAUCGAGGGAGCUGGCGACCUAUCUUUCAAGAGUUAUAGUGGAAAAAGGAGAAACGAAUGUCCUUUCACUCCCAAACCCAGUUGGGAUUCAACUUCCCCUGUUUCUUCUCUAAUCUUCCAACUUCUCAGAAAGAGAGAUUGGUUUAAUUUUAUAGGGUGCCUCCCGGUUAAGGUUCUGGAUGCGCAAAUGCCUGUCCCCAGUAACGGAUAUGGAAGAAGAGCCCAGACAAAUUUUCACCCACGACACCAGGGCCUCUCCACACCAGCCAAGGGAAGAGUCCCGACCACACGGCCUUCGAUGGCAGCAAGCAGCAGGGCCUGAGAGGAGAGUGCAGGCCGACCCGCACCACAGGCCACUUGGAGGAGACCCCUCCAGUGGGGCGGUGAUGGCAGCAACAGCAAACGGAUGUAGGCCAGCAGCACUUUCUCAGGCUGUGCUGUCAAGGACACUCUUCUCCAGGCUCCUGUGAAAAUGAAGCUGAUAAACCAUGUGCACCAUGCCCUGACCAAGAAGGGUGGGGAGAAAAAUGAGAGAGUGAUUCGAUUCUAUUCUUUAGUUUGUGAGCAAAGAAACCAACUCCGGCAAUGACACACAGACACGUGUAAGGCUGUGAGGAGCUCCAGGAACUCAGGAGAUGUUUUGAAAAGAGGCAAGAGGCAGAACAGACUGUGUGGGAAGCUGCGAGCCACGAGGACAGCCAGCAGCAGGAAAGGCAGGUCAGGGUGUUGCUGGAGGGUCCUCCCAACAUUCUUUAGGUUAUUGACCAAGGGACGGAGAGCUAAAUGGUGUCAAAGUGCGCCUGCUUCGGCACUGUCCUCCCUUCUGACGGUGGGAAGGCUCUGGGGGUCUUUACUCCUCCCUCCUGAAGGUGGGAGGGCUGUCUGAAGAUUAUUCAUUCACUCUGUCAGUGAAAGGCACACACCCAAUGCCCCAUCUUACCGAAGGAACAAAAUUCCUAGCGGUGCAUGAGCAUCUGGGGACCCUCUCCUUAGAAAGGAAGAUGGUAACUUCAGAAUGGUGUGGAAGGGCAUGGAUGCUUCUAUAGCCUUUGCUGUUCAAGUAAGAGGGACUUCUUGAGAUGUUCACUAACUCUGUUCUAGAGGGGAAGUCCCUGAAGAGGAAGUACUCUGACAGGGUUUCAUCCAAUCAACGCUGGUUGCCCAAACAUUUCUGAGGUGCCCUAGCACCAGCCUUUGAGGGGAAAGGCCAAGUUACUUAUCUAAGUCAAGGCUCUCUGACUGCCUUUCAAUGGCGUCUCGUUUCCUUCGAGUUUGGGCCUUAGCUCGUCAAGCUGGUGUGUAUGGUUGUUUUGAAGGAGAGUCAUUCCAGGGAGAGCCAAAUAGCAGAGAUCACACGGAAGAGAGUGUGUCAGCAGACCAACGUGAGGCUGGACCUUCGAAUGACUGGUUGAAGAGAAAACAAAACCUCAGUGCACAGAAUGGUCUGAACCUCUCACCCGCACCACUGGGGCUCAUUCAUAUCACCAGCGAAAGAGGCAGCCUCGAUGAUAAGGGUUCAGGGAAGGGAAGGAGUGGGAGCAUGUCCUGGCCUUAGCCUAGGCAGUAAGGUGACCCUCAGGAGGGGAGACGGCAGCCCAGCAGCCCGUCAGAAGCAGCUCCUUGUGCCUGGUUUCUGUGCCGUUUUCUCUUCUUUGUUUCCAUUCCUGUCGUCAGCAGCUAGCUCUGUCCGUCUGUCUCGCAGUCCAGCUCCUGCAGAGAAGCUAGCUGCCCCCUUAGGUUCCCAUCAGCUCCCUGGGCCUUCUGACUCUCGGGCCAAGGGCAGAUUCAAAGGAGUCUGCCCUUGAACUAGAGUGAAAUAAAAACAGGGAGCAUUGCAGGGUCUCCUACAUGUGCUUUUCUGGAUGUCCAGACCAUAGCAGUGGGGGCAGGCAGCUGGGGCACGACUGUUAGGGCUGGGAGGCAGAGAGAGAGACAUGUGUUCCUAAAUCAAUUAGAAGUUGACUGGCAAAUGUGAGCUAGGCCAUGGCGACAAAUAUAUUAACUUCCCUGGGAGGGAGGAGAGAAGGUAGCUUGGGUGUGGCAGAGAGAACAUGGUGUCUGUGUUUAUUAAAUUACACAGCAGGGUCUGGAGGGUCUGGUGCAGCAGGGCUCGCUGGUGUGGAAGAGAUUCCCUAAGAGUGUUCCACCGAGGCCUGGCGGGGAGCCUGGCUGGAGCAGCCGUGGCAGGGGCAGUGGGAGAGCUCAGCAAGCAAACAGACAAAAUUCGUGACAGGGUAGCUGGGGAGGAAGCAUCAUACAUUCGGGAAAGAAUGGAGGAGGGCAGAGGUAGGGACAGAGAAAGACUUCACAGGGGCUGUUGAUGGGGCUCCAGACCCCAGCAGGGUUGGGGCCAGCACCUUCCGGGAGGUGGCCUGCCCUGUUAGGUGCAGUAGGACACUGCACAGUGGGUUAGGGGUUCUCUCCUCUGUGCUUGGUGUCCGAGGCUCUGCCUGAGGCACGUGUGUCAGCGUGUCAGAGUGGAGAGGAGCAGAAGGAGAGGAACCACGGAGAAAAGCUCCUGCAGCCUGAUCCGACACUCAGUUCUGACACUGGUAAAGGAAGAGAGAACGGCGAGCGCACAGCUCCAGCUAGAGACGGCUGGGAACUUGCACAGAACAACAGCUGGGUGCUUACUCAGUGAAACAUGAAAGAUGACGUUUCAGGGGUACAACACGGUGUUUGGACAAGUCCGUCCAUCACUCAGCGCUCACCACCAUCUGUCACGGUACAACAUUGCCACAGUAUUAUUGACUACAUUCCCUACGCUGUACUUUCAUCCCCG